CAUAUUUGGUGGCCUACAUUGGACGGAAGGGCGACGGGUAAGGUAGGUUAGCGGCCAGUGUACUGGGAUGAAGCGGCUCUUGCUGCAUCGGGUGGCUAUGGGCAUGUCAAGGGCUCAUCCGACGGCUGGUACGGGCUCCAGGGCAUUGGAGCCGGGCACGCCAGAUCUCUCUGACCCCAUCUCCUUUUCUCAACGGCGGCUUGUCGCUCCCAGUCGGGGAAGAAACCUGCAGAAGAUGCCCGUGCUGUCGCGUCGGGUGCUCUGCGCGGCUCUUCUCCUCGCCCCGCUCGCCGCUCUGCUCUUCCGCUUCUCGAUCCACAGCCUCCUCAAGCCCCACACGGCCAUGGACCCCGACUCCGAGCUCGAGUUCGAGAUGCCCCACGUGCUGCGUAUGUACAAGAGCGGCCGCGUCGAGCGCUUCGACGGCACCGAGACCGUCCCGCCCUCCCCCGCCGGCGACCCAGCCAACGGUGUCGCGUCCAAGGAUGUCGUCCUCGACCCCGCCGCCAAUAUCUCCGCACGACUCUACCUUCCCCCAGGAUUGGAGCCCGGAAAGAAGCUCCCCGUUGUUCUCUUCUUCCACGGCGGCGCGUUCUUGGUCCACACCGCCGCCUCCCCGCUCUACCACAUGUACGCUGCCUCCCUCGCCGCCGCGACCCCCGCCGUCGUCGUCUCCGUCGACUACCGGCUCGCCCCUGAGCACCGCAUCCCCGCCGCCUACGACGACGCCUUCGCCGCCCUGAAGGCGGUCGUCGCGGCGUGCCGCGCGGAGUUGGACGGCGCCGAGGCCGAGCCCUGGCUCGCCGCGCACGGGGACGUCUCCCGCGUCGUCCUCGCCGGCGACAGCGCUGGGGCCAACAUGGCGCACAACGUGGCGAUACGGCUGCGAAAGGAAGGCAUCCAGGGGUACGGCGACGCCGUCAGCAGCGUCGUGCUCGUGCACCCGUACUUCUGGGGUAGAGAGCCGCUGGGCGCGGAGCCCACCGACGCCGCCUACCGCAGCAUUUUCGACCCAACGUGGGGCUUCGUCUGCGGCGGAAAGUACGGCCUGGACCACCCGUACAUCAACCCGAUGGCGUCGCCGGAGGAGUGGAGGCAGCUCGGGUGCCGACGCGUGCUGGUGACAACGGCGGAUCAGUGCUGGUUCGUGGAGAGGGCGCGGGCCUACGCGGAGGGGAUCAAGAAGUGCGGGUGGGAAGGGGAACUCGAGUUCUACGAGACCAAGGGCGAGGGGCAUGUCUACUUCUUGCCCAAGCACGGCUCCGACAACGCCGUCAAGGAGCUCGCCAUCGUUGCCGACUUCGUCAGGCGCUGUUGAGGCUGAUUUGCUUGGUCGUCCGGCACAUGGUGAGUGAUUCAGCAACAAAGAAGACACAAUUUGUGAUUUUGAUUUUCUUGGCGAAAUUGCAAGAUUCAAAGGAAAAUGGAAGUGCCUUAUCUAGUAUUUCUGGUUCUCAAUUUUUGUUGUGCAUCGAGAUUGAUCCUGAAUUUUAGCACACACUCGAUCUACUAGUCAUGUGCUUGAACUUCUACAGUAGGCGAGCAACCUGCCGUGUUUGAACAUUGAACUGUAUGCUUGAAAAUGAUAAACCCUGUUUCUUUCA